GUGCGCGUGUGAGGAUCGGAGGGAGUGCGUGUGAUGGUGGUGGUGGUGGUGGUGUUGCGUGUUGUAUUGUGCUGUUACGGCGAAUCAUGUGAUCACCAGCGCACCAGUACUAUUUGGGACACUGAAAAUUGGACGCAAUCAUGAAUGGGGAGCGAGACCAUGAGGUGAACAGUGUGGAGGAGCGAGGUAGCCUGACGCUGGGCUCGGUAGAGGAAGGCGUUGGCAGUCCCACGGUGAAUGGGCGUCCCCAAGGUCCUGUUGAUCUGCAGGGUACCGUGCGUUUUGGCUCAGAUGGCUUUGUUGUUGACGCCCGUAAAAGUGCAGUAGUUCGUGAUUCUCCAGCGUCAGUAUCCCCAGAGAUGGCUUCUACGGGUUUAAAUGGAACAAGCUCAGGGAGAAAGGAGACGCGCAUCGCUGAAGAAGAGGCGCCUUACUCGCGCGUGAAGUGCAAACUUGGGUACCGGGCUUCUCUGAAAAAGGUCAACAUCUAUGAGACUGAAGAGUUAAGGCGCCACCCAGCCUUCAGGUACUACACUGCAGGGGGCGUGAGUUUAAUAGUGCACCCAGAGAGCGGUGUCCACGACGGCACCUGGAAACCACCUCAAAUAGACUCCGACAGCGUGGACUUCCUCACUUCCCGAGCGGGAGACUACAUAUGGAUCGAGCCGGUGUCAAGGCGGGAGUUCGAUGUGGCGAUAGGGGCGCGGGUGGUGAGUGCCGAGGGACGCCGCAUCCAGGUGCAGGACGACGAUUCCCAGGAACAAUGGCUCACCCCCGAGCGGAGAAUCAAGGCCAUGCACCCCACAUCCGUGCAGGGUGUGGAGGACAUGAUCUCCCUUGGCGACCUCCAUGAAGCCGGCAUCCUCAGGAACCUUCUCAUCAGAUACAAUGAAAACCUUAUAUAUACCUACACUGGUUCCAUCCUGGUGGCAGUCAAUCCCUACCAGAUCCUGCCUAUCUACACAGUGGACCAGAUCAAGUUGUAUCGUGGGAAGAAGAUUGGAGAACUGCCACCACACAUCUUUGCCAUUGGGGACUCGUGUUACAACAACAUGAAGCGGUUCAAGCAAGACCAGUGUAUUGUGAUCAGUGGUGAGUCUGGUGCAGGGAAAACAGAGAGCACCAAGCUGAUCCUGCAGUACCUCGCAGCCAUCUCGGGGAAGCACUCCUGGAUUGAGCAGCAGAUCUUGGAGGCAAACCCCAUAUUAGAGGCAUUCGGCAAUGCAAAAACCAUCAGGAAUGACAACUCGUCCCGUUUUGGCAAGUACAUAGACAUCCACUUCACCAAGGAUGGAGUGAUUGAAGGUGCUGCCAUUGAACAGUACCUCCUGGAAAAGUCCCGUAUAGUGUCCCAAGGUUCUGAUGAGAGGAAUUAUCACAUAUUCUACUGCAUGCUGGCUGGAAUGACAAGGGAGGAAAGACAAAAACUGGAACUUACAGAUGCCUCCCAGUACAAGUAUCUGACAGGAGGAGGAAGCAUAACAUGUGAAGGCAGAGAUGAUGCCAGGGAGUUUGCUGACAUCCGCUCAGCCAUGAAAGUAUUAAUGUUCAGCGACUCUGAAGUGUGGGAGAUCAUGAAGGUCCUUUCAGCCAUCCUCCACCUUGGCAAUGUCAAAUUCAAGGGCACUGUUGUAGAUAACCUAGAUGCCUCAGAAAUCCCAGACAUCACCUCCUUGGCACGUGCUGCAAGAUUCCUUGGGGUGGAUCCAAGCGCAAUCAAAAUCGCUCUCACUACCAGGACCAUUUUUGCACAAGGAGAGACUGUGGUCUCUCAUCUAAGUCACAGUCAAGCCACAGAUGUUCGUGAUGCCUUUGUUAAAGGUAUUUAUGGACGACUCUUCAUUUGGAUAGUAAGCAAAGUGAACGCUGCCAUCUAUAAGCCCAAGUCCACCCAGAGAACCUCCAUUGGAGUUCUUGAUAUCUUUGGUUUUGAAAAUUUCAAGACAAACAGCUUUGAGCAGUUUUGCAUCAACUAUGCCAAUGAAAACCUGCAGCAGUUCUUUGUGCAACACAUCUUCAAACUAGAACAAGAGGAAUACAACUCUGAGAACAUCAAUUGGCAGCACAUUGAGUUUGUUGACAACCAGGACACUCUUGAUCUGAUUGCCAUCAAGCAGCUCAACAUCAUGGCUCUGAUUGAUGAGGAGUCCAAGUUCCCAAAAGGCACUGACCAGACUAUGCUGCAAAAACUACAUAAGCAACAUUCCCACCACAAACAAUACUUGAAGCCUAAAUCUGAUCUAAAUGCAUCCUUUGGUAUCAACCAUUUUGCAGGAGUUGUCUUCUAUGAUACAAGAGGUUUCUUAGAGAAGAACAGAGAUACAUUCAGUGCAGACUUACUUCAGCUGAUCCACAACACCUCUAAUAAGUUCCUUCAGCAUCUCUUUGUUGAAGACAUUGGUAUGGGAUCUGAGACGAGGAAAAGAGCGCCAACUCUGUCUGCACAAUUCAAGAAAUCACUGGAUAUGCUGAUGAAGACUCUUCUGUCCUGCCAACCAUUCUUCAUCCGCUGCAUCAAGCCCAAUGAAUUCAAGAAACCCAUGAUGUUUGACCGUGAGCUGUGCUGCCGCCAACUGAGGUACUCUGGCAUGAUGGAAACUAUACGGAUCAGGCGGGCAGGCUACCCCAUUCGUCACACCUUCAGGGAGUUUGUGGAGAGGUACAGAUUCCUCAUUAAUGGCUGUCCACCUGCUCAUAAGGUGGACUGUCGAGCAGCAACAACCAAGAUUUGCCAGCAGGUGUUGGGUCGGGCAGACUACCAGUUGGGCCACACCAAGGUGUUCCUCAAAGAUGCCCAUGACCUCUUCUUGGAGCAGGAACGUGAUAGGGUUCUUACCAAAAAGAUCACCAUCCUCCAACGCUGUGUCCGGGGAUGGUACUACCGUAGAAAGUUCCAGAAGAUGAGGGAGAGUGCCAUCAUUAUCCAGAAGUACUACCGAACCCACGCCCAGAAGAGGCGGUACCAGAACAUGCGAGUUGGCUACAUGAGGCUGCAGGCGCUCAUCCGCUCGAGGGUUGUGUCCCACCGAUUCAAGCACCUGCGUGGCCACAUCAUCUCCCUUCAGGCUCGGUGUCGUGGUUACCUGGUAAGACGGGAGUUCCAGCACAAACUCUGGGCUGUUACCAAGAUCCAGGCUCAGGUAAGAGGCCUCAUUGCCCGCCGUCAGUACCGAAAGCUCAAGAUGCGAGUGGAAGCAGCACGUCUGAAGGAAGAGGAAGAAAAGGCACUGAGGCAGCAGAUGGACAAACGGAAGGCACGGGAGAUAGCAGAAAUGAAAUACUUGGAGCGGCUGAAAGAGAUGGAGAGAGCCGAGGAACUGCGAGCCAGAGAGGAGCGGCAGAUGAUAGAGACGAAAAUGGAGCGUGUGAGGGAGGCUGAGAGACAGAGGGAUGAACCUUUGGAUGAUUCUCAACUGGUUGAUAGAAUAUUUGAGUUCCUCCCUCCCGACUCUGCAUCAGAAACCCAGGCACCUCCUUCACGCUUCCAGGAUUUACCAACACCAGGAAAAGGGACGGUGUCAGAGGAUGACAUCAUAUCAGGAAUUCCUCGUCCACCUGGAGACCAAGAUGAAGACUUGUCUGAAUACAAAUUCCAGAAAUAUGCAGCCACUUACUUCCAGGGCAAUGUCAACCACCAGUAUUCCCGCAAGCAGCUCAAGCAACCCCUUCUGCAGCUUCAGACUCAGGGUGACCAGCUGGCUGCCAUGGCCCUGUGGAUUACCAUCCUGCGCUUCAUGGGAGACAUGGCUGAGCCCAAGUACCACAUGAUGGACCGAGACACAACAUCCGUCAUGUCCAAGGUUUCAGCAACUCUGGGCAGAAAUUUCAUUAAGAGUAAAGAGUUCCAGGAAGCACAGCUAAUGGGCAUGGACCCUGUGGUGUACAUGUCUCAGAAGAACCGCAGCAUCAGGCACAAGCUGGUCUCACUGACUCUCAAGAGGAAACACAAGUUGGGAGACGAUGUGCGGCGCCGCCUGCAGGAGGAAGAAUACACUGCUGAGAGUUACUCGUCUUGGCUUGACUCAAGACCCACAUCCAACCUUGAGAAGCUGCACUUUAUCAUUGGUCAUGGCAUUCUCAGGGCAGAGCUCAGAGAUGAAAUAUACUGUCAAAUCUGCAAGCAACUGAGCAAUAAUCCUUCCAAGUCAUCCCACGCCCGAGGAUGGAUCCUUCUCUCCCUCUGUGUGGGCUGCUUUGCUCCCUCUGAGGACUUUGUGAAGUACUUGUUGUCCUUUAUCCGUGAAGGUCCCCCAGGCUAUGCACCAUACUGUGAGGAGAGACUCAAGAGGACCUUUGCUAAUGGAACCAGAAAUCAGCCUCCGAGUUGGUUAGAACUACAGGCAACCAAAUCCAAGAAGCCACUCAUGCUGCCAAUCACGUUCAUGGACGGGAACACCAAGACUCUGUAUGCAGACUCUGCCACCACAGCCCGAGAGUUGUGUAACCAGCUGUCAGACAAGAUUGGCCUGCGUGAUCAGUUUGGCUUUUCCCUCUAUAUAGCCUUGUUUGAUAAAGUAUCGUCGCUGGGCAGUGGAGGUGACCACGUCAUGGAUGCCAUCAGCCAGUGUGAGCAGUAUGCCAAGGAGCAAGGUGCCCAAGAAAGGAAUGCUCCUUGGAGGCUGUUCUUCAGAAAGGAAAUAUUUGCUCCCUGGCAUGAUCCCACUGAAGAUCCUGUGGCUACAAAUCUCAUCUAUCAGCAGGUGGUGCGAGGAGUGAAGUUUGGAGAGUAUCGAUGUGAUAAGGAUGAGGACCUCUCCAUGAUUGCUGCACAGCAGUACUAUAUUGAGUUUGGAAGUGACAUGAACACUGAUCGCCUCUACAAUAACUUGACAAGCUAUAUACCAGAUUACUGUGUGUCUGCCGGUGACAAGGCCAUUGACCGCUGGGCUGGCCUAGUGGUUGCCGCCUACAGGAAAAGUUAUUACGUUAAGGAGAGAGUUCAGUCCCUCAAGGUGAAAGAAGAUGUUGUCAGUUAUGCCAAGUUCAAGUGGCCACUUCUCUUCUCCAGGUUCUAUGAGGCAUUUAGAUACUCAGGCCCCAACUUACCCAAGAAUGAUGUGAUCAUUGCUGUGAACUGGACAGGCGUGUAUGUUGUGGAUGACCAGGAGCAGGUGCUGCUGGAGUUGUCCUUCCCCGAGAUCACCACUGUGUCGUGUAAUAAGACGCAGAAAGUUUACACCCAGACCUUUACUCUUUCCACUGUCAGAGGUGAGGAGUUCACAUUCCAGAGUCCCAACAGCGAGGACAUUCGAGACUUGGUGGUGUACUUCCUGGAGGGACUCAAGAAGCGCUCCAAGUUUGUGAUCGCCUUGCAAGAUUACAAACCACCUGGAGACAACAUCAGCUUCCUCACCUUCAGCAAGGGAGAUUUAAUUCUACUGGAGGAGGAUUCUUCAGGAGAGUCAGUGAUGAGUGCUAACUGGUGUGUGGGGCGAUGUGAACGGACAGGAGAGAAGGGUGACUUCCCUGCAGAGACUGUCUAUGUCCUUCCAGCGGUAACCAAGCCUCCCGGAGACAUCUUGGCACUCUUCACUGCUGAGGGAGCUGAACAUGGCCGCAAGCUGUUUACACCACAAGUAAAUGGAGGUGAUUCACAGGAGAAGCCAUACACACUGGAGGAGUACUCUCUUGACCACUUCAGGGCACCACCAAAACGCACAGUGUCUCGAGCCAUCACCCUCACAUCAGCACGCCGUCCCUCCAAUGACGUUUUGUGGAAAUAUUCACGGGAGCCAAUCAAACAGCCACUUCUGAAAAAAUUGCUGCAUAAAGAUGAACUUGCCCAAGAAGCUGUGUAUGCUUUCAAUGCCAUCCUGAAGUACAUGGGAGACUUGCCAUCUAGGAGAACCAGACAAGGCAAUGAUCUCACUGACCAGAUCUUUGAUGGACCACUUAAGCAUGAAAUACUGCGAGAUGAGAUUUACUGCCAAAUAAUGAAGCAACUGACAGACAACAGGAAUCGACUCAGUGAGGAGCGAGGCUGGGAACUGAUGUGGCUAGCAACAGGCCUCUUUGCCUGCUCUCAGAAUUUAGUCAAGGAACUGAGUCAAUUCCUACGCACCAGAAGGCAUCCCAUAGCCCAGGACUCUCUACACAGACUGCAGAAAACCAUCAAACAUGGACAACGUAAAUAUCCACCUCACCAAGUGGAGGUGGAAGCCAUUCACCACAAGACUACACAGAUCUUCCAUAAGGUCUACUUUCCGGAUGACACAGAUGAAGCCUUUGAGGUUGACUCUUCUACUCGAGCUAAAGACUUCUGCUCGUCCAUAGCCCAUCGCCUCAACCUGAAGAGCUCAGAAGGAUUCUCUCUGUUUGUCAAAAUAGCAGACAAGGUCAUAUCUGUUCCUGAAGGAGACUUCUUCUUUGACUUUGUGCGGCACCUCACAGACUGGAUCAAGAAAGCUCGACCAUCAAGAGAUGGCACGACACCCCACUUCACAUACCAAGUCUUCUUUAUGAAGAAAUUAUGGACCAACACAGUGCCAGGGAAGGACCGCAAUGCUGACAUCAUCUUCCACUUCCACCAGGAGCUUCCCAAGCUGCUACGAGGUUACCAUCGGGCAACAAAAGAUGAGGCGGCACGGCUAGCUGCUCUGGUUUACAGAGUUCGCUUUGGGGAAAGUAAACAGGAACUUGCUCUCAUUCCGAAUAUGUUGAGAGAUCUCAUACCUGCAGAUCUCACCAAGGCUCAGAGUACCAAUGAAUGGAAGAGAGUUAUAGUGCAGCACUAUAAUAAUGAUUCAGGUAUGAGUCCAGAGGAAGCCAAGAUUGCCUUUUUGAAGGUUAUAUUCAGAUGGCCUACUUUUGGCUCUGCCUUCUUUGAGGUGAAGCAGACAACUGACCCCAACUACCCUGAGCAUCUCCUCAUUGCCAUUAACAAGCAGGGUGUAUCUCUUAUUCAUCCUGUAUCCAAGGAAAUCCUUGUCACAAAUCCCUUCACAAGGAUCAGUAACUGGUCUUCAGGUAACACAUAUUUCCACAUGACCAUAGGAAACCUGGUGAGAGGAACUAAGCUCCUAUGUGAAACCUCCCUUGGCUACAAGAUGGAUGACUUGCUCACAUCCUACAUUUCACUAAUGCUCACCAACAUGAACAAACAGAAAACCCUUCGACUCAAGUAAAUAUCGUACUUAUGAAGAAAAUUUUAAAUGAAUAAAGAAAUUAUUAGUAUUGUCUUAAUUCCUGCUUGCAGUUUGAGCCAAAUCUACUUUUGUGAUCAACUCUUGUAACCUCAUCACUGACUCUUGUUUCCUGCUUGACCCAGAUGCCAGCCUCUCCACACUUUUAAUCUGUAGGUGGAAAACAACAGCACAUAGAUGCUAUUGUUGUGCUAGCAGCUCAAAAUGAAAAGCUGCUUACCAUCCUUGCAUUCCACCUUUAUAGUGUGCUCAGUGGUAUAAUUAGUCCAUGAAAAAAAAAGUAUGAAACUCUCCAUGACUGCAAUCUUGUUUUAACACAAUCAUGUUCAAUGAUAAUGAAGUCAAGGAGAUAUUGUACAAAAUAAGGGAGACAGAAGUAAGAGGAGUAAGAAGAGGCCAGCAAUAUGAAAAGGGAGACAAGUACAAGUAGUAAGAGGCCAGCAUCUGGGGCUAAGCUUGAGACAGGCAGGCUGAGCCAUGAAACCAAUCAGUGAUGAGGUUACCACAGUAGCACAGGCUCCAGUUGCAAGCUAGGAGUGAUUGGAAUGAACUACAUUAUUAUUGAGAUUCUAUGCCAUUAUAUCAUGAAAAUGCUGUUAACAAAACUAUAGUAUUUAAAAGGUGUUAGCAAUUCUCAUUUGGGUAUAAGUGAUGUCGGCACAAAUUAUUAAGUUAUUGCCAAACAGGUUUUGUUGUAUCAAUGUUGUAUAUACAGUACAAGCUCAAACAAACUACUACUUACUGAUUUAAAUGUGUUAAGAGUAUAGCUUAAUUUCUUCUAUACACAAGUUAUUGAAAGUGUCCAGAAAUAUCUAGUCCCUGCAAAACUAAUUUGUUCUCCAUUUUUGUAGUUUUUUUUGCUUGCAUUAAAAAAAAAUAAACAUUCUAAUAUGAACAAGUACGCACUCUUGGUCUAAAGACUUGCUUGAUAUCAAAUUUAGAAAUCAGUAACAUGGAACCUCUAUUUUUACUUCCCCAUCCAACUUAGUUUUCCAGUCAUGGGUAACAUUCAAAUUCAGUGUUACAAUCUUGAAACAUUAGGAGCUUAGCUAAGGUAAGGAAUUUUUCCCAUUGUUACUUAAUAAUUGCACCAUUUUUCAAGUUUGAUUUCCAAGUAAAGUUAAUAAUAUAAGAUGAAAGAUGCUGUGCUCUACCACUAGCUACUACAAUGGACAGCAGCAAAUGUUUUUGUUUCAAUAAAUUCAGAGGGAUACAAAUCACAUCUGCCACUUAUACUUGCAGAAAAUCACACAUGCUGCAGUUUUACCACACCAAAAAAUUAAUCCUCCCUGAGACCAGAUAGCAUAUGUGAAGUGUUAUACUGUAUGUAACAAGUCCAAGUGGUUAACAGUUCUGGUUUUUGUUCUGGUUUCUCCCUGAUAAACCAUGGCUUCACUGUAUAUAUUCACUUCUCAUACAUAUGUAUUGUGUAUAUAAAUUUAUGUAUGAACUUUCAAAUUAAAUUAACUAGAAUGGAUAGCUGGGCCUACUGCCUUUUUUAGUUCCUCAUCCUCUCAGCAUGACAAGGUUAUCAGGGAGAUGAGCCUAUGUUUUUCCUAUGUGAAAAAAAUCACUGAUAUGAGCAUACCUGAGUAACUUUUGUUGACACAGUGAGGCACUAUGGGUAAAACAGUUGAGUGUUCUAUGGACUGAUGAUGAAAGGAAGAAUAUAUGAAUGUAUCUUCCACCUGAAAUGAAAAGCAUCCCUCAAUAUUAAAAGUCCUAAAAUUAAUACUAUAUAUAUUGAAAGCCCCUAGAAUUAAUCCUAUAUAUCUUGGAGAGUGUAUUAAUUAUUACAUAACACACAAGCAGUGAUAAAUCCUGUGAAUUCCAAUUUUAAGAUUAUGGUGCCAGUCAUCAAAAGUUAGCUGUCUGCAUAUAGUGUGUCAAGUGUGUCAAAUGCAUUAUAUUCCUAUACUAUCCAGAAAAUGCUAAUUUCCAGAAAAUUAACUUGUACUCCCACCAAUUAGAAUUAUGACUGCAAAUAAGUGAUAAUACCAAGUAAAUACUAAGCAAUAACUUUAAAGAACCUUCCAUGUGAAAAUGAACUUCUAAAUUUAUACAAAGCCAUGUUUGUACUGUAUAUACAAUACUUGACAUGGCCACUUCUUAAUUUAUUAUAAAUUCUUAUUGCAUUUAAGAGUAAUGAAAAUUUGUAAUUUUUAAACUUGUAUGUAUGACCACCACAUACUAGCUUCAACUAUUUAUGAUUUUGACUACAGAAUCUUGUACAUGAUUACUAUUGUAAAGAUUAUGUGCAUUUGUAUUCAAAAGGUGAUUAAAGCAAUUGCCUGACAUGUAUUUAUUCAAAUUACUCUGUAUCUUCUUGAUAGCAAAGCAAGAUCAGUAUGAAUGAGUGUAUAGAACUGAUGCUAAUGAAACUCGAGAUGCUGUGAGCCUCCAUGAUUACUGCUUGGAAAAGUAUUUGCAGGCCACAGAUGUUACCAGUCACAAAGUGCAGCUCACCACUCAUGCCAACCUUGAACAUAAUUAUAUAGCUUUAAUUCACAAUCUUUUCCAUGAUUUCUUUUCAUCAGAUAAGUCACAUGGCUAACUGAGAGUUGCAAGCAUGAUUAAAAAUAAAACCAGGUGACAAGAAACAUGUCUUUUGUGAGUUGAAGGGAAUGAAUGAUAUACUUGUAUGAUUUUUUUAGCAACAAAUAAAGCUGCUUGUUGGGUAACUACUACUGUACACAAAAAAUGUUUUAAAAUAUGAAGAUUUAUAUGGUUGUAUAUUUCAAUGUAUUUUAAGGGCAAAACUUGUGAUUCUUUGUACUAUACAUUCUAUAUUACUACAGUAUCUGAAAUCAUCACAGUGUAGGUUUUGUAAGUAGCUUCAGCAUUAUGAGAUCCAUUGAAGCAUUUCACUUAAACAUGGAUUACAGUGACAAUUUGACAUGGUUUAUUUUAAAGCAAGCUUUUCUUUCAGCAUACCAUUAUUUUCACUGAUCUCUACUCCAUUUGUUUCUUCAAUACAGCUACAUCAGAUUUUUUUUUUUAUGGCUCUAAUUAUAUGUACAUAUCCACAGUCUGCCUUGUUGAUGAAAAUAAAAUAUUGAUAUAACAAAAAA